AUGUCCGGUAAUGGAUUGAAAAAGCUGGCACCUUUAUUCUCGGCUCUAUCUGAGUCAGAAUUAAAUAAAACGGUGCGGACGUUAGAUCAAAGGUUCCAUGAAGCGACUACUACAAAUGAAUUGCAUAGUCUAAUAGCUGAAAUAGAUGCUUCAACAGCUUCCAUUGAUAAAGAAUUGAAUCAUUUUUCUAUAAUAAAACUGAAAAAACAUCAACAAGAAACAUCCAAUAUUGAGUUAAAUCGAGCUAAAUUAUCGACAACAAUACUGAAUUCGACAGAAAUGACACUGUUAUUCUCGGCAGCUAAUGAUCUAGGGCAUUCUUUGACAUUCAAAAUCAAAUCGUUGGAUCAAGAAAUUGGUAAUGUCAGGCAAACCUUGGAUUUUGUUACUAAUAUCCAGUCGUUAAAGAAUAAUAUAAACCAGGCAAGUUAUGCUAUUGAGCACAAAAACUGGGAAUUAGCAGCUCAGUGUUUGCAUACUAUUACGUGCAAGUUGCCUUCUGAAUUGGUUAAUGGUAAUUUUGCAUCUGUGGUGAUUCCAAGUGCUGAUAUUCCUGAGUUACCUUCAGAAACCGUACAAAAAUGGAUUGAAUUAUUAACAGAAGAAUUUCAAAAGAGUUUUAAUGAAGCAUCCAAAAAUAGGAACGUUUCUGAAUUAACAAAGUACUUUCAAUUAUUUCCAUUGAUUCAGAAGGAAGAGAUAGGUCUCAAUUGUUAUUCUAAAUUCAUUUGUCAAAUUAUUACCGAUACUCUGCGUUCAUUGAUUAAUUCCGCAUCUGGUGGCAGUAAUGCUGCUACCAAACAUGGCAUGUAUCUUACUAUAAGUAUGAAAUUAUUUGAGAACAUAUCUAUGAUGUUAUCUCAGCACGGCCCAUUAAUCAAGAAAUAUUAUGGAUCUACAUAUGAAAAUGCUAUUUCUUAUGUUGUAACAAAAAUACAACAUGAGAUUGAUUCACAGAUUGGUCUAAUUAGUGAUACUUUCUACGAUAUCAAAAGAAUCGAUAAAGUCAUACAAGACAUUAGUCUCUAUAAGUUUCCAGUUUUGUCAAAACGGUUUUCCGACCAUGAUGAUCCUUCUAAUAUUGAUCAAAUAAAUAUAAACCCAGAAGACGAUGAGUUGGUUUCCAUCGUUGAAGUUGGUGAUUUGGUGAGUGAAUUGGCGGGAAUCUUACAUAAUUGGGCAUUGUAUUGUAAAUUUAUAACGCUAAAAUAUUAUCAAUCCAAUAACAAUACCGAAAACGAAAACGAAGAGGGGUUAAAGCUUCCAAAAUUAAUUGUGGAAUCCAAUUUCACAAGUAAGAUUCAUAAAAAAUUCUUACCUGCAUUUGAAUCUUUAUAUUCCUAUUACUUCAGAAGAUCCUUGGAGAAGGCUAUAACCAUUGAAGAGUUGCCCUCUUUAGAACCUCAUUUAAUAAUGGCUUCAUCAUCAAAUCCACCAGACCAAGUUCCUUGUUCAUCUGUUAUAGAAGAUGCUACAUUGGUAUUGAAUACUACUUUAAGAAACAUAAUAGAUACUGCCCAACCAAUUACACUCAAACGAUUCAUAAAUGAAGACUUCAAAGUUAUUCAAAGGGACUUAAUCAAUGGGUUUUUCAUAAAAAAUUUAAAUUCCAACCAACCACGCUACAAUUCCACCUUGACACUAGUUGCACCUACAUCCUCAACAACUGGGGUACUUAGUGGUACUGCUAGUCCAGGAAUGUCUAGAAGCGGUACGCCGGUUCAUGAAGGUUCAGGUACUAUGGGUUUUUUCAAGGGUGCUUCUAGUGCAUUGGGUAAUGUUGUCGGAAGUGGAGCAUCUGUAGGAGUUGGUAUUAGUACAACUGGCGCACAUACCAAUAAUCCUAAGUUAAUGAAUUUUGUAUUAUAUUUAAAUACUGUUGCAAUGGGGCAAGAGUAUUUUACAAAGAUCUAUGAAAGCAUAGCCAAGAAUGAUCCGGACUACCUAAGAAACAAUUUCCCUUUUGGUAAAGAUCUGGAAAAAAUUGCAAGCAUACUUAAAACAGAAUUUUUGGAUCCAUUUAUAUCAAUUACCAACAAAAUUAUUCAAGACAGUCUAAUUAAUUUUUACAAUCAGUCACUUAAAAAUAAAUUGCUUACUCUUAUUAAUGACUGCUUUCCUGAUGCUAGCGAUUCACACUACAUAAUUUACUCGGUUAACACGUUAAAUGAUAAUACGACUAUAUUGAAAUUUACAACAACAUGGCAAUCAUUGAUGAGACCUUACAAACAAACAUUUCAUAAGUCAUUAAUUUUUAAUAAGCUUUUAAGGCUAUUGGUUGUAAACAUGGCUAAUUUGAUUGAAAAAAAGUUAAUUAAUGUAUUAAAGAAAUUUAAAAUAAAUGAAUUGGGAUCACUCAAGUUGGAAAAGGAUAUGUCUCAUAUCAUUAAUGAAAUGUGUGAAGAUAACUAUGAACUACGAGAAAAGUUUGUAAGGGUUACUCAAUUAGUAUUACUUGUUGGUAUGGAUGACGAGGAAUAUGAUAUGAGUAACGAAGGUGGUCAUAAUAAUGAUGCUGGUCAAGAGGACGAAGAUUUGGGUGUGAAUUGGGUUUUAACACCAAUGGAAAGAAAACAAGCUAGAAAGUUUAGGGUUUAA